AUGGCCCUUCUCCGCCUCGCCCAGCUCGACGGCGCCGCGGCCGCCGCCUCCCCCGCCGCGCGCGAGGACGCCGCCUGCGCCCUCCUCCGCCUCGCCCAGCUCGACGGCGCCGCGGCCGCCGCCUCCCCCGCCGCGCGCGGGAUGCCGCCUGCACCCUCCUCCGCCUCGCCCAGCUCGACGGCGCCGCGGCCGCCGCCGUCGGCCGCGCCGGGCGGUCCCGCUGCUCGUGGCCCUGCUCGAGACGGGCCCUCCUCCGCCUCGCCCAGCCUGACGGCGCUGCUGCCGCCGCCGUCGGCCGCGCCGGGCGGUCCCGCUGCUCGUGGCCCUGCUCGAGACGAGCGGCUUGCGGCGUUGCGCCCCCGUCGCCGUCCCCCAACGCCGCCCUGCCCGCACUGCCGGCAGCAAGGAGCGGCUCCGUCCAGGCGCCGUCGAGCUCGCCCCUCCCUCUCGCGCGAGGUCGUCGCGACCACUUUCGUCGCCUCCGCGGAUCUCCGGCUACUCCCGUCCACCAGGCUCGCGCUCUCGGGCCCCGACGCCUGCCUCAAUAUCGCCGACUCCGCCUGGCGGAUGCUGCCUGUGGCCGCCGCCGGCUCCUUCGGCUUCGGCAGCGCGCGGGAGGUCAAGCCGCCGUCGCCCUCGCCAUGGUCGCGUGGUGUACUGAUUUGGGACUUUGCUCCGCCAGCUACAUAG